CUUUCGGUUAGUCAGUGAUGUCAAUAAAAGCGCAAAAUAUUAUUGAAAUCGUCUGAAUCACGCAUUUCAUUUCACAUUCAUCGUUCGCGUAAAUCGCAAUGGUCGUUUGUUAAGCUUGCAUCAUGCGUCGCACUUACUGUGCAGUUUUUUUUAUUAAGUGCAUUUUAAUUAACUUUUGCUUAGGUGAGCUAAGCAUUGAGAAAAAAGAACAAGUGUUGAAUGGCUUCAUAAAUUCGUUGAAUAAUCUACCCGAUCAGCUUUAUACUUAUGAAGAAGGAGUGCUCUUAGAAGCCGAGAAGACGAAUGAUAACACAUAUAAGGUCUGUGCACGGCUCAAAGUCAGUGACAUCCACAAUGUGGAUUCCGUCAAGAUAUUGCGUUGCAGAGGUGAACUAGUACAGAAUGAGGAUAAUGUACUGGUCGUACAACAAGGGCACGAUUGUGCAGAGGAGCAAGAUACUGGCACUAGGCAAGAUGUCGAGUUGGGAGUUAGUGGUGAAGACCCUACAACAGAAUCUUCUGGUUAUGAUGGGCCUGUGAAGCUAUAUAAUGAAGUACAACAGCCCAAUGCUGAGGUGACAUCAGGCGAGCAGUUCGUCGCGAUCCCUCGAGCGAGCCCCAGCGUCCCAUGCAUCGGCUGCGCGUCCCAUGUAGACACCACCGCAGCCGGCGUGCCUGAACUGGCCAACCUUGGCAUCCGACAUUUAGACCUCCACGACCCGGCCAAGCAUGUGCUCAGAUCUGUUGUUGAUGUAGAGAGACAGGUUCAGGUAGUAAAUGGUGUCCGCUACAUACUCACCCUGCUUGUCGAUUACGACAAUUGCACGGCGCCUGACGCCGCGCCUUGCCUAGUGAGUAUUCCAUGCAAAAUUUCCAUCCUCGAAAAACCAUGGAAAAAGUUACCAGACGGCUCAAAGUACCGAGCUAUACUAGCCAACAACUGCACUGCUGAAUGGUUAUUUGGUGACGAAGGCGAGGUGCUACCCGUUCUUGAAAAUAAUGAAAACAAUGAAAUUCACCCAGACCCCAAUGCCGAUCCUGAUGCUUUGAAAGUUAUUCAUAAUUUAGAUGUGCAAGCGCGUCCUAAUCAAGAAAAUGCUAAUGCUGAUGAUGUUUUGAAAAAUAUAGAAGACCAAAUUAUUCCGCUCAGUGAAUUUGAAGCAUCUGGACACCGCAUUGAAGCAACUACAACAGAAAAAAUAACGCUACCACAAGAAACUGCCGAGCAGAUUCACGCAGACGAAAUACAAAGAAAUUAUAAUGAAAAUGCGGCCAUCGGACAGCAGUCCCAAACGAGUGAAACUAACUCUUUAUUAAGCGUAGACAAGAAGAAAGCGAUUGAUGAUCUAAUGCAAUAUUUUGAUUUAAAUAGCUUCCAAAAACCGGAAGUUACUAGUGAUCAUCACAGAGAAAGAAGAAGUUACGAUGAUGAUUCAAAAGAUUCAAUGCUUGCGAAUAAUCUUCAGAAUUUAAAUGCCACAAAUAUCGCAUUCAUUACAAAAUUGGCCCGAAAAAUGGUUGCUUACUUAAAUAAAGUAGAUAUGGUUAUACAAAACAGAGUUUUGGCAGAUGUAUUACUCGCGGAAAACGAAUUUGUGAAUAGCCAGCAUUACUUCUACUUACGAGCGUCAGUAACCAUUCCCUGCAACAAAUCUCAAUGUAACGAUAAUGAGAACGUAAAAGAAAUUUGCAGCGGUUCUGUAGAAGCUACCGAAGAAAACACUCCUAGGAUACUAAAUGCAUUCUGUUAUGAAGCAGAAAAUCAUUUUAACAAAGAAAAAAAAAUUUCGGUGGACGAUCCUAUACUUGUCGAUCUAGUUAAACCUGCUAUAGAAAAAAUCGAAUCAGAAUCUCCUAAAGAUAAUGCGAUUAAGUUAAUAAAAAUUCUAGAUGCAACUACAAAAAAGAUCUCUGGGACAUUAACAAGGAUCACCUUGUCCCUUAAAUAUACAAAUUGUAAGAAAUCGCAGGAUUUUUACAAUCGAAUGAACUGCAGUAUAAUUGAAGACAUGGGCUCUAAUAUCUGUCAAGUGGAUAUACACGAAAUACAUGAUGAUAUGCAAAUUAAUUACGUGUGCACUAAAAGAAGCGCACGCGAAGAUUUCUCGGAUUCAGAGCAAGUUGAUUGGAAAACUGGAAACGUUGAUCCGAAAAUUCGUAACAUUGUACAAGAAGCUUUAAAGAACCUUGAACAUAAAACAGUUGCAAUUCGAAAACUAAAAGUAGUUGACGUAAAAUCAGUUUCGACUAAACUUGUUGACGGUCUGUUAACUAAAGUCGCCUUUUCCGUCGGAUAUACAAAUUGUCUUAAGCAUAAGAAUGUAGAUGUUAAUACCUGUGAAUUACUGCAAAAUACACCAAUUCACGAGUGCGUAGCGCAAGUAUGGGAUAGACCAUGGCUAGCAGAUAGUAGGCAAAUAAAUGUUAAGUGUGAAAAGGAUUCUGACAGACAUUUAGAUAUUGAAAACAAUGAGAUCACCGUGUUUAGAAAAAAACGAUCUCACUUUGUUGGAGGUGAAAAUGAGAAAAACCCUAAUGAUCCUCUCUACAAAAAAUUAGCAGAUGAAUCUAUAAAACAACACUUAGCAUCCAAUAACGGUCUUCAAGUCAGUGUAAAAGAGCUAAAAGUAAAGCGAGUAGUCACUCAAGUAGUUGCAGGAACUCUAACUAAAAUUGAUUUCGAUGUAAUCGCUGCCGAUGGCGAAAUAUUCAGCUGCCAUUCUAAGGUUUGGGAACGGCCUUGGCUUAAUAAGAAAGAAAUUAACGUGACUUGUGAUUUUAAUAAACAGAAAAAUAGAGCUAAAAGAAGUUUAUCUGGCGGCAUAACAGAAGCAAAUCCUGAAGACCCAAAAUACAGAAAAUUAGCUCAAGAAUCUUUAGACAAGUAUCGUGCGACUCUUGUUGGUGGCCAACUUAAUGUCAAAGAACUGAAAGUAACCAAAGUUGUAACACAGGUAGUUUCUGGCAUAAAAACAUCUAUUGACUUCACUAUAUUCCCUACCAACGGUGAUGAAAUAACGUGCCAUUCUGAGAUUUGGGAACGGGCGUGGCUUAACAAGAAGGAAAUAGAUGUAAAAUGUGGAUUGAAGGGCCGAGAAAAGCGUGAAAUAUUUCACGACAACCUGAAGCAAUAUAAACAAGGAUCUCCAAUUGAACUGGAUGCAAGAGAGCCACAGUUCAAAUUAUUAGCGGUCGAGUCUUUACAAAAGUAUGUAGAGAUGAUAAACAGCACAGUACAUCAUGAAGUUGUCGAAGUAAAGAAGGUGAUUUCCAAGGUAGUUGCAGGGAAACUCUACGAAAUAGAUUUCACCGCAGUUCCUACUACAUGUUCAAUGUAUGAGGCUAAACCAGGAAAUUGUAUCGCUCUUAACGACACUCUUUUGUCUUGUCAUGCACAAGUCUGGGCUCGCCCUUGGUUGAAAUCAAACGAGAUUGAUGUCAUCUGUAAAGUCGAUGAUACUAAAGUUGAAGAAGAAGAAGACGAUGAUCAUGAAAAGAAGCGCACAUUACACCCAUGGCAAGAAAAAAAUGGUAAAGAACUAAACAUUCUUGCUCAAGAGGUAUUGCAAACGUAUGAAAAACAGUCUAACUCAAUGUAUAAACAUAAAAUAAGAAAUAUUGGGAAAUCCUUUGAGCAAAUUAGUGAUGGUAUUUUGACCACUAUUGAAUUUUAUGCGUCACCCACGCAAUGUUUAACUGUUGAUGAAACUAACGUGGAUGACUGCCAGAUAAAGCAACCCGAAGUUGUAAAAUUGUGCAGUUCGAUUGUACGGGAGCGCACAUGGAUAUACUUUAAAGAUAUAAAGGUGUCGUGUAAAAAUGUAAAAGCUACUAAUUUAGUCUCACUAAGUUGGGACGAAGAAAUACCAAGCGCGGGAGUCAAAUACGCCGGCAGACAUAAAAGAGACGUAAUUGGAGAUGAUGACGAUAAUUACAUGGAUGAUGAAAUGAAAUAUUAUUAUGCCAAUCGUGCUAUGCAACAUCUUAACCAACGCAGUGACAGUCAUAACUUACAGAAAAUGAUUACCAUUCAUUCUCUUGAUGUCUCCAAUCAGAUGGGUGCACGAAUGAUACGUAUGUACAUCGAAACGGCUUUGACAUUCUGUGUUCGUCAUCAACUAGGGCGUGUCGAUCUCGCCCAGUGUGAUGAAAUGGAAGGUCUGGCGCACAAAUUGUGUCACGUCAGGCUAUGGCCCUCUCUCAAUGAUGAAUUGAUUAUUCGGCAUGUGGUUGUAGUUUGCGACGAUGAUAGUGACUUUUCUUCGGUGACUGGAUUCGAGACAUCUAAAUUGAUAGCGGCCUCGUUGCGAAAGCUGGAAGAAUCACCUAAAGUAAAAUUCAAAUUAGUCCAUCAAGGAGAGCCAUACGUAAUGCCUACACUCAGCUCGAGAUUCCCUAUUAAAUUGAAUUUUGUUGUUCUAAGGACUAAUUGCACUAAAGAUAUAGAUGUGUUUAAACAUCGACAAAUGUGCUUUGUAGAUUCUACUACACCAGCUACGUCGUGCGAAUCUAAGAUAUAUCUUUCUCCCAAUAGCAAGGACAUCAAAGAUAUUACAGCUUGGUGCUCUCCAACUCGCAGGGAACGAAGAGAUGUCAGCUUUGGCCCAGCUAAAUCGAAUAGCGAGGAUGCUAUCAUUGCUGAACUAGUUGAAGCAUCACUGGAAAAACUUGAAACAUCGUCGCUGCACAGAUAUAAACAAAGGGCAUUGAAAAUCAAUAGUUACUCAACUAAAAUCACAAGAGGACGAGAGACCACAAUAGAUUUUGACGUCGGAUAUUCAUCUUGCUUAAAAUAUGAGUCCAUCAAGAAUAUAAGUAAUUGUGAAUUCCUCGAGCACCUUCCAAUAAGGCAUUGCAUAUCCCGUGUCUUCGAAAGGCUGUGGGUGGAAAACGGUAAAAAUAUUGAAGUAGUUUGCGAAGAUGAUGAGACCCCGUUAGAAUCUCAAAUGGAAUUCGAAAACGCUGAUACAGCUAAUCAAAUUGCAAACGAAGCUUUAAAACACAUAGAAGCUAAAUAUCCUAAUGCAAAGAGGCUUCAAGUUGUUAGGAUAUUUUCUCUACAGAAGCAAACUAUAGCUGGGAUUCACUACAGGUUAAAAAUGGAAGUUGGCGUUACAGAUUGUCCCGCGUUAAGUCUUAAGACAGACUGCAAGUUAGUUGAUGGAUUCGAAAAUAACAAGUUCUGUCGUGUCAACGUGUGGAUUAGGCCUUGGACGGAUCACCCUCCAAAUUUCCGCGUUAUUUGCGAUUAUCAAGAAAGCGAGACCGCUGAAGUGUACCAUAGAAUGCAAGCUGAACACCUUUUCGCCAACUUCCUCGCAACAUAUAGGCCAGAUUACAUGGACGAUUACAAAGAAAUGUCGAGGAGGUUCAAGAUAUUCAGAGCUAACGUUAGAAAGGUUCACGAGUUGAACAUUCACGAAAGAGGAACGGCGACGUACGCAAUCACCCAGUUCUCCGACUUGACUACUGAGGAGUUUAGCAACAAGUAUCUGGGGUUGAAAACGAGCUUGAAGAGUGACAAUAACAUCCCCAUGAUUAAGGCGGAAAUUCCGAAGAUAGAUUUGCCACAGUCCUUCGACUGGCGCGAUCACGGCGCCGUCACGGAGGUCAAGGACCAGGGACAAUGCGGUAGCUGCUGGGCUUUCAGUGUUACAGGAAACGUGGAAGGUCAAUGGAAGCUAACCUCGGGCAAGUUGUUAUACCUGUCGGAGCAGGAGCUGGUGGACUGUGACAAGAUGGACCAGGGCUGCAAUGGCGGCCUGAUGGACAAUGCUUACAGAGCUAUAGAAGAGCUAGGCGGUCUGGAGUUAGAGAACGACUACCCGUAUGAAGCUACUGAUGAUAAAUGCGUGUUCAACAAGACCCUCUCCAGGGUGCAGAUCAGUGGUGCCGUCAACAUCUCCUCGAACGAGACGGAGAUGGCGCAGUGGCUUGUCGCAAACGGACCCAUUUCUAUCGGUAUAAACGCAAACGCGAUGCAAUUUUACGUCGGUGGCGUCUCGCACCCGUGGAAGGCGCUCUGCAGCCCCAAGAACCUGGAUCAUGGAGUGCUGAUUGUUGGCUUCGGGAUCAAAGAAUACCCGCUCUUCCACAAACACCUACCGUACUGGAUAGUGAAGAACUCGUGGGGCAAGUGGUGGGGCGAGCAGGGCUACUACCGCGUGUACCGCGGCGACGGCACGUGCGGCCUCAACAUGAUGGCCAGCAGCGCCGUCAUCUAAUAAUUACCUAAUUGGAAAACCUAUACCCCCUUAUUCAUAAACGUACGGAAAGUGGAGAUAAGGAACGAAAUCUCCAUGUACCAAAAAGAAAGUGUCAUCAAAAAACUUUAAAUAGGUGGCGCUACAAUACCUAGAGUACUUGAACAAAAAAAUCAAAUCAUAGACAGCGCAAUUCACUCCGUUAAUAACGCCUAGAUUCUCUGAUUUAGCUACUCUAGCGCUCCUCUGGAGAGAUUUGGAACUAUUAUUUAUAGCUGACGGCUGGACACUUUUGCAACAGUUCUACCAUAAGAGAUGCCACUCCUCUUAAUUCCACACUCCAUACAUAAACGUCUACUAAAGUUGACAAGCCGCUAAUAAUCGUUUGUCCCUUUCCAUCAUAAUACUAACUACUUGUACUUGUCUUACCGUUUUUAUUUCGAAACCUAUUUUGUUACUUUAGCUGUAAGUUUUCCCAAGAAAUAAAAUAAAAUAAAAAAUCAAAAUAAAAUCAUACCAAUACGUCGGAAAGCGACAAACGAUUAUUAGCGGCUUUGUUAACUUUAGUAGACGUUAAUUUUUAACAAGCAGAAACGUCUGUGAACGAUGCUAUUAAGCUUGGAAUAAAUUUAAAAGUGGAAAAAUUACUGUCUGGGGUGUGACUUGAACUCACGGCCUCUAGAUCGAUACUCCAACGCUCUGCCAUCUGAGCCACCAAGACCUCAUCCAUAGGCAGCAAAUUUUUCCACCAUACGGCGAUCAAGUCUCACCCAAGACAGUAAUUUUUCCACUUUUAAAUUUAUUCUAAGUUUAGUAGACGUUUAUGAAUAAGGGGGAUAGUCAGUAAAGAAUGUUGUUAGUACAUUAACUUGUACAAACGAUUAGUACUGGACAUAGAGAAAUAUAAGUUAAGAAAGAGUGGUAACUCCAUACAUCAGUUUUCUUACCAAAACGCGAGUUAUUUCGUAGUUGACAUCUAACGUCUAGUAGUGGAUUUAUCAGUACUGAUACUUGACACUAGAUGUCACAAGUGUCGUGGGUGACGAAAAAUGUAUUGCCAAAACAAUCUACAACUACUUAAUAUUACAAGCAGAAGGAGUUCAAAAUAGAGUUCCAGUUAAUCCGGUUAUAAUAUUAGCUGAAAAUUGUUGAGCAUUAGAGUUUUCGUUCGUCGCGACAUCUAUUGUCUACUAGCAGUACUGUAUAAAUUCCGCUACUUGACGCUAGAUGUCGAGCUACUCUUUCUUUACUUAUAUUUCUGUAUGGUACUGGAUUGCGAGCUUUUGAGGUGUACGGGUUCUGCCGUUACCGUGGCCAAGGCCCGUGGUCAUCAGGAUGGCAAGCGGUGACGAUGUGUAGCUACUUUUAUAUUUUACACGGUUAACUGACAAUUCGUAAAACAUAUUGCAAAAAUAUAAGAUUCAUCGAUGAUCAAUUGAUCAGUGUUGUUAGUAUAUUGACUUCAACAAACGUCUAGUACUGGAUAAUUAGCUGUGGGGCGAGAAAAGUUAAUUAUGCACAGAUUUUACGCCGACAAAUUGUAGCAAUCUGACGUUUAUAGUGGCACUCUCACAUUCUGUCACUUGCCGAGUGGGUGUAGAGUAAUACAAGUCUGAAUCUAUGUACGAAAAACUAUAUCCCAAAUCCAAGUACUAAAAUAUCGUUUUACUAUUUAUUCAGCAAUACGUAUAUCUAGUAUAGUCGACGUUAAAGCCAUUUUUAACAUUUUGCACCCUAAUUCAUUGCAAUUAGCAUGUAUGUAAUUUCGAUCGCUAAUACAAAAUGUGCCUUAGAAUACAAUCGUAGGAGUAAAGAAAAAUUGGGGGCCAUCCAAGAGACAAAUCGUUUAUAGGAAAUUAUCUGAUAGGCCACGGCCGCGUGCUCAUACAAACUUAGUCCCCGUUUUCCUCUAUGGAUGUUGACAGUAUGGAAAAUGUUUUUAUAUAUUUUGAUGUGUAUUAACCAUAGCUAUGCCUAUUAAACAAGCUACAAUACACAUUGCAUCUGUCAUCCAAAAAUAUUUUUAAUGUUCAAUUGGCAAUGUGGCGUCGAUACACGUUUGUCAUUUUGGCUACGGCCCCUGAAUCACACCGACUUUGACCGAAGGGAAUUCGAAAUAGAGGUGGAUUGUCAAAGAAAACUUUGUAGCCACAGUAAAUUUACUGCCACCUUUUGACAAUGCUUAAAACUUUUAGUAUGACAUUUGACAUUGAUCCUUAUUCUUUCACUGAUGUGUUAAAUUUGUUAAAUAUAAAAAAAAGUGGUGCCAUCUUACCGGGCAUAGGCCAAAAGUUGUGGCGCCAUCGCUCGAAACGAUUCCGCCACUUCUUUGACCUUUGAUCUAUUAGAUGGCGCCACUUUUUGAUGUUUAACAAAUUUAACACAUAUCAGUGAAAGAAUAAGGAUUAAAGUCAAAGCGCGUUCUAAAAGUUGUAAUCAUGUGUUGAAAGAUGGCAGUAAAUUUACUGUGGCUAGAAAGUUUUCUUUGACAAUCCAGAUCUAUUUCCAUCUUUGCUUUGACUAAAGGUUGACCGUAUUAUUUUAUAUAAUUGAAACAUACUCAGAGUGUCAUAAAUUGUCAUUUAUUUGUUAUCGUUAAAACUCAAAUGUGUAUUUAAUAAUGUAAGUUUGUAACCGCCAAUAUGAAUAAAAUAGUCAAAAAUAUGACGCCAAAAGUAAAUAAUAUUAAAAAUGUAGACAUUGUGUUUUGUUUAAAAAUUUGACGAUGUAAAGAAAGUAAGCGCCUGUUGCUAUCUCUACCGCACGCACAUAAUUAUAUUGCUGUCACGUUUGCACAAUGUCAUUGACCGCCGGCUUCAUGGGCCCGACUGCAAUAUAAUUACGCGUGCGCGAUAGAGAUAGGCAGAUACGGGUCAAUGUACGAAAUUCCUCUUGCUAAGCGUCUUUUCUUUAGAAAUGAAUGAAUGAAUGAAUGAAAUUUAUUCCAGAAAAUUAUUUCCAUCCAAAUGUCAACCCGGUCUUCCGAAACAAAAAUUUACUAUUUAUUUCUGUGCAGGACUGAUUUUUUUUUAAAGAUUUUUCCUCGUUAUAACUAUGUUAUUUUGCUUUCUUAUGAUUUUGAAUCUUUGCUAGUCCAAAAUUAUGUCAUUAAUUUUGUUAUUAUAAUUUAAUUUAUAAGUCUUCUCUUACAUAUAUCUUUUAGAGACCGAAUAUCGGUAUUUUUUAUAUUCAUUGUGUCCCAUAAACUCUUGUAACCAAUCUUAUGAUAUAUUUACGUAACUAUUUAAACAAGAAAUAAAUACUUAUGAAUGACUGUAGUUCACUUAAGACACUCAAGAGCAAUCAGGACACUUUAUAUGGAUAAUUUAUACAAAGUGACCCGUUCUUAUUUCUCUUGGGUGUAUAUUUUGUUAAGCAUAAUAUAAAAAAAGUAAGUUAUUUAAGAAGAAACUUUUGUAUACUGGUAAUUAUGAAUCUCGUAAUAUACGAAUUUGAAAUAAAUA